CCUUUUUGGCCAGCAGCAAUCCAGGCAGAGCCGGCUGGUUUGGCGCAAUCUGGAAGGCUGUUGUAAUAACAGACAGAACAAAAAAAACACAAGGAAGAGCCUGGCGGCUGUAUAAAACUCCCUCCGAGCUCCCGUCCCCACAGAAGUACACCAGCCUCAGCAAUCAGCAUGACCAGCCAGUCUCAGGGAAUCCAGCAGCUUCUGCAGGCAGAAAAACGUGCUAAGGACAAACUGGAGGAAGCCAAAAAAAGAAAGGGAAAGAGGCUGAAGCAGGCCAAGGAAGAAGCCAUAGCUGAAAUAGACCACUACCGGUUACAGAGGGAGAAGGAAUUUAGGAACAAGCAAACAAACGUAAUGGGCUCCCAAGGUAACCUCUCUGCUAAAAUAGAAGAGCAAACAACAGAAACCGUUCGAAACCUCACUAGCAGCUACCACAAGAACAUGGAGAGCAUGAUGAAAAAGCUUUUGAGCACAAUAUGCGACAUCAACCCUGAAGUUCACCCAAACUUCAGACACGCAGUUUAAGAUCCAUUAAGAUCCAUGCUGGGGAAGGAUGUUUGCAAAAAGUAGCCUUCUUUCUUGAUAAGCAUAAAUAUUUCCUCAUUUAUUGUUUCUGUACGUGUGAGAAAAAACAACACUAAAAGCCAAAAGCACACAGUUCCACAUAGGCUUUUGAUAUGACAAGAAUUACACAAGGUUUCACAAACAUUUGUUGGAAUAUUGUUUCCCGUUGGUAGCUAAGCCCUUGUCAUUUAGACAGGGGGCAAGUCAACAACAGCAGAAUAAAUGAUUAUUUGACACCAGCA